CUUACCAACGAAUGGAUAGCAACAAACAUGGCGAACACGGGUCUCUCACAACUGUAUUCCAUAAUAUUCAAGCAGGAAAAUGCCCAUGAAGACAGCAUUUGGAGUUGUGCGUGGGAACAGAGCGAUCGAGACCGAUCGGAAAACAUUAUCACCGGAGGCAUCGAUGACCUGGUCAAAAUAUGGAAAUGGACUGGAGAAAAGUUGGAGCUAAGACACACCCUGGAAGGUCACCAGCUCGGGGUCGUCUCCGUGGAUAUGAACCUGAGUGGCACAUUGGCUGCGUCGAGCAGCUUAGACAGCCAUGUGCGGGUUUGGGAUGUAGACACGGGAAAAUGUAUCAAAAGUAUGGAGGCGGGGCCAGUUGAUGCUUGGACCAUCAGUUUUUCUCCGGAUUCCAGGAUUUUAGCAACAGGAAGUCACAGUGGGAAAAUUAACCUGUUCGGGGUUGAGUCUGGGCGUAAAGAAGAAUCUCUAGACACCAGGGGGCGCUUCACAUUAAGUAUUGCUUAUAGUCCUGAUGGGAAAUUAAUCGCGUCCGGUGCAAUAGACGGGAUUAUUAACAUCUUUGACACACAGACAGGAAGGCUAAUUCACACACUUGAAGGUCACGCCAAACCAAUCCGGUCGUUGUGUUUUUCACCAGAUUCUCAGCUGUUGGUAACUGGUUCUGAUGAUAACCAGAUUAAGAUCUAUGAUGUACAACAUGCUAACUCCGUCGGGACUUUGUCUGGGCACGGGUCCUGGAUCCUCAAUGUAGAUUUCUGUCCGGACAAUACUCACUUUGUGUCGAGUUCAUCAGAUAAGACAGUCAAAAUAUGGAAUGCCGGCAGCCGGCAGUGUGUCCACACGUUCUACGAUCAUUCCGACCAGGUAUGGAGUGCAAAAUACAAUUGUGCAGGGUCCAAAAUCGUGUCCGUAUCAGAUGACCGUGCUGUACACAUUUACGACUGUCCACCGGUCUGAGGCUGACCAUCAUAUCAUCUGAUCAUCAUCUACAUUGUCACAUCUUUCUCAUCGUCCUUGUCAUCAGACAGUAUUUUUAAUGAAGAACUAUAUAAGACUUCCAACCACUGGCUUAUGAAGCCAUUAUGUUAUUGUGUGAUAACCGACACCUCUGUAAUGAAGACGGUAACGAGUUAUAACGGGGGGGGGGGGGGGGGUUAUCUCCUGUACAAUAACGAGUUAUAACAGAGGGGGGGGGGGUAUCUGCUGUACAAUAACGAGUUAUAACAGAAGGGGGGGGGGGGGGGGGUAUCUGCUGUACAUGUCUAUCGUGUUUUGGAUUAUGUAGAAUCAUUUCAGUAACACUGUGAUGUAAACCAGUGAAUUAUUUUGGCUUUAAAGCUGACAAAAUGCGUCACAACACUUGAUUUACAUCAUUCAACAAUGCAUGAUUUUUUUCCUCGUCUUUAUUUAGAAACAGGUACUUGCAUGACCCCCUUACUCAGUCUUAAGCAGUUGACCAAAUUUAAUGACCCGCCCCCGUCUUCUAGCGUGAGGUAUAUUGACAGCUGACAAAUUCAGCAAGUUACUGGGUCUGAACAAUCGCAGCGGUUCUGAAAUGAUUCUAUUUUAUAUGUAUUUUUGUACAGGAGAGUUUUUUCAUUCACAUAACUAGAAUAAAUGAAUGAAUUUGAA